UCGAGUCUCGUGCCCCAACAGCACUCGUCUUCCCACUGGGCGGGCCCAUGGGGCGCGGGCGACGGAGCUCGCCUCACCGCCAUGGGCGCUUCCGCAGCCUCCGUGGACUCCACGGGGGGCGGCGGCGGCGGCGAGAGUUCGGAGCACCAGCUGGCGACGGAUCUGCUCCUGCACGCCAGCAGGUCCGGAGACCCUCUCGGCGGCCGCUAUGUGGCUGGGAAGCUGGAGCACGGACGACAGGUGGUCGUGAAGGUCUUCAAGGAUGUGAAAGGCAACGAGCUGAAGGCAUUCAAGCAGAGUCCGCCCCAGCUGAAGAGCUACAGCAAGAGAACCAUGUUCCUUUUGUUGGUCGAAGCCGGUGGCACAGCAGCGAGACUUGGGUUGAGACCCUCUGUGGUCUGGACCUACAUCUGCACUUGCUCCUGCCCAUCGGUUGGGGCAUUUGGGAGUCCUGCUGCUUUGUCGUGUACGACAUGCUAGAUCAGACCGAUGCGGAAAAGAGGCUCUUGGUGUCCCGCCGGGGCGGCCGGCCCUUCCUCUGGGCGGACCGCCUGCGCUUGGCGGCCGCCGUGGCGAGUGCCGUGAGCCAUUUGCGCAGCUGUCUGCUGGGCAGCCCGCACUUGAACCUGAAGCUCAGCAGCGUUGUCUUUGAUAGGACGGGGCAGGUCAAGUUGGCGGAUUUGGGCUUUGAAGGCAGUAGCUUUGAAGGCAGCAGUGAGUUGCAGUGCAGGCGCGUGGAGGCUGGGCGCCUGGCGCUGCAGCAGGUGGCGGAACUGCAUGACUUCGGGGCGAUGCUCUUGGAGCUCCUGAUGCCAUCCUCCGAGGCCACCCAGGCAGCUGUGGAGGCUGCCCAGAAGAACACCUUGGAGUCGGUGAGGCCCUCCGAGCUCUUCGAGCGCCUGGGCUCCCGAACCUUGGACAAGUCGGCGCAGUGGCCCGCGGCCGCGGCGCACGACCUGGGCGUGAGCGCCUUGCAGUGUGUCUUGGCAGAGGCCGAGGGCACUGCACCGCCUCCCGGGAUGACCCAAGUGGCAGGGAUGCUUUUGCACCAAUGCCAGCGCAGCCGGCACGUGGAUGGAUACAGCUCCAUGUCCAGCGUCGAGGUGGCCUUUGAGUGCGUCUACUCCUCUCAAGUCGAGGUGCAGUCCUUGGGCUACGAGAAGCGCUUCUGGCGCUUUCCCAAGGAUUCCAGAGGUCCCUGGCCCGUGGGGCGGCAGCAUCAGGUGGAGAUGUUCGUCCACCUCAGCCCAGACCGCCGCCUUUGUUCGUCGAUUGGGCGGACCCACUUUGAGAUUUGGCCCGUGGAGGGUGAGCGAAGUUGGUUUUGGGGCAAGGAGAAGACCCUCCUUCGCCUGGUCCCGUUGUCGCAAAACCCCAUCCAUGUGGACGACCAGCGCGUGGCCUACCCGUCCGAUGAAGAGGUGCUCAUCUCCGAUGGUUCGAAAGUCAGCUUCAGCUUUCAGGAGGAGGUCUUCCUCACCCUGGAGUUCCUCGUUGGCGCUCAGCGCAUUGCCCAGGCCCUCCGGAUGCAGGCCCAGGAGGCCGAGCGUUUGCCCGUGGAGGUGCGCGAGGGCCCGGCCAGCAGCUAUGCCUUGCAAUGUGAGGAGCUCCUAGGAGAGGCGGCUGAUUACGUGCCAAAGGAGGAUCGGCGCAUCCCGCUGUCGACGGAAGGGCCGAACUACAUUGGCCGGAUGAGCCAUCCCAGCUACUUCGACAAGCUCCAGCGCUUCGCGGGAGCUCAGCCGUUCCUUCCCUUCAUUUCCAGGAGGCACCUGCAGGUGGUGGCAGUGGGAGCGGCGUCGGGAGAAGGUGCUCCUUCCAGGCAAAGCUUUGAGGUGAUGAACUGCAGCCAUAACCCCAUCUCCGUGGCGGGCGAACAGCUCUCGGAGGGUCAGAAGCACGUGGCUCAGGUCGGGGAGACCAUCAAUCUCCUGGGCGAGGAUGGGCAUGGCGGUGUGGCGCCUUAUUUGAGCUUCCGCCUCCUGUGGCUGGGCGCGCCAGCCACGCGCUCCGGCGGCUCACUGAGCCGGGCGUUUUCCACGCUGCCGGCAUCGUCGCUGUUCCGGAAGGACUCGGCGCAGGACGUGCCCGACGCGGCAUCCGCAUGGCCUUCCGCACGGCCUUCAGCACGGCCGCCCUUCCAAUUGAUCCUCGCGGGCUCGGCGGUGGUGAAGGGUUUGGCGCCUGCCUUGCGGGUCAUCGAUGGACAUGAAGGAGGGAUUUCUGUGGGCCGGGCGCACCAGCGAGAGCUUCAUGAGAAAGCGUUUGUGGACGGAGUUCUGGAGUACGUGAGCAGGGACCACUUCACCGUGAAGGCAGGCCGCGAUGGACACUUCGCAGUGUCUGCCUUGAGCCAGAAUCCCAUGUGGCACUCGCGGGGUUCAAGGCUUCAGCUCUUGGAGCCGGGGCACGUUCCUGUGCGCUUGCAGCAUGCGGACGUGCUGAUCCUGUACACAGGCUCCGAGGACUCCAGCCACCCGGAGGGCCCCGGCAGCCUUGGAAGCCUUCAGUGGGUCUUCAAGGUCUUGUCCACUUCAUGAGGCAUCGCAAAGCUCGAUGCCUUCCUCUGACCGCGCGCGGAUGUUCAACGCGCGCGGAGGGAGGUUCGGCCACA